UUUGUGGAGGAAACUUGAGGACAUGCGGCGUCUCCCGCAAACUUUAGUCAAACCAAACUUUCUGCGAUCCUGAGAAAGACCUGAAGUGUCAAGAAUGAACUGAAGGGGAGCAAAGAGGAAGAGGAGAGGAGGAGCCGGGGGUGAGCCGUUCACUUCCAUUGAUCCUAUAUCGAGGUCUACCAUCGAUCGUGGUAACUCUCCCUCAAUGAGCAGGACUCCUUUAUGCCAGUAUUGGAUUCUACAUGAUUCUUCCAUUAAGAUUGUAAAUGGUUAAAAAGACCUCCUCGGAGUUUCAGCUCUCUCUCCACCAGAUGGAUGUGUUUCAGAUCCGAGUUACAGCCAAGUUGGCAGGCCCAUCUCAAAUGCGGUUUUAUGAUCUACAGGCUCCUGUGAAGAUGCAGGCUGCUGCUGUGGCUCUGACUGUACUGAGCAUUUUCUUCGGCCUGGACUGCCUGGCCGCUCAUCGGUCCAAACCAAACCAGAUACAGAACGACAGAAACGCUCAGAAAGAUGAGACAGAAGCGAAGAAGAAGAACCAGCCGCACAUCUUGUUCAUCCUCACAGACGACCAGGGCUUCAACGACAUCGGCUACCACAACCCCACCAUCAAGACUCCCACUCUGGACAAACUGGCGGCGGAGGGCGUGAAGCUGGAGAACUACUAUGUUCAGCCCAUCUGCACGCCGUCACGCAGCCAGCUCCUCACCGGCAGAUAUCAGAUCCACACAGGACUACAGCACUCCAUAAUAAGACCAAGCCAGCCGAGCUGUCUGCCAUCACACAUGGACACUUUGCCUGAGAGGCUCCGCGAGGCCGGUUACACCACGCACAUGGUUGGCAAGUGGCACCUGGGCUUCUACAGGAAGGCAUGCCUGCCCACCAGAAAGGGAUUUGACAGUUUCUUUGGUUCUCUAACAGGAAGUGUGGAUUACUACAGUUAUGGGUCCUGCGAUGGCCCGGGGUUGUGUGGGUACGAUCUCCAUGACGACGAGGACGUGGCGUGGGGCCAGAAAGGGAAAUAUUCCACCACGCUCUUCACACAGAGAGCUCGUAAGAUCCUGGAGAGCCACGACCCCACGGACAGGCCCCUCUUCCUGCUGCUCUCCCUCCAGGCGGUUCACACUCCUCUAAAGACUCCCAUGUCCUACAUCCACCCCUACCGUGACAUGGCUAACAUCGGCCGGAGAAAUUUUGCCGCCAUGGUGUCCACAGUGGAUGAGUCGGUCCGAAAUGUCACCUACGCCCUGAGAAAGUACGGAUACUACCGGAACAGCGUUAUCAUCUACUCCACCGACAACGGUGCCCAACCAUUCACAGGAGGGAGCAACUGGCCGCUACGAGGCCGUAAGGGUACAUAUUGGGAAGGUGGAGUCCGUGGAGUGGGGUUCGUUCACAGUCCCCUGUUGAGGCACAAGAGGCGGGUCUCCAAAGCUCUUCUGCACAUCACUGACUGGUUCCCGACGCUGGUGGGCCUGGCUGGGGGGAACAUCAGCCAGACCAGAUGUAGGGAUGCGUUUCUCGCCACGGACCCCCAAGCCACUGACAUGAGCGAUCACUUCACUAGCCAGGGUCUGGAUGGUUUUGAUGUUUGGCCCACCAUCAGUGAAGGGAAGGAGUCACCUCGUCAGGAGAUCCUUCACAACAUUGACCCACUGCACAAACCUCGUGCUCGGACCAGGGCCCGGGACGCCUCAGUAAGAAAAUCGAAAGACCGAAGUCCGGCCUUUAAGAAGCCAAAGAAGAAGAAGGUCCUGAAGCAGCAACCGAAGCAGAACUCAGCGUUCAAGUUAAAGACCACCAAGAAACCUCUGACGUUUUCCCAUCAUGCUGUUAAGCCUAAAGCCAAACUGAAAUCCAACCCCCUUCCCAAACCAAAGCUUAAGCCCCCGCCAAAAUCAAAAGUCAAACCCAAGACCAAAGGCUUACAUCAGAACCAGAGACUGUCACAUUACAAACCAUAUCUAAAGUCCCACUCCAGUGGUACUCCAUCAGCGUCAGGAACAUCUCGCCCCAAGUCUCAGCCUCAGAUCCAACCACGUUUAAAGUCAAAAUCUAGGCGGACCAUAUCCCAGAACAUGUCACGGUCAAGACCACCUCAAACAAAAUCUAAGACACAGCUAAAAUUAAAGUCCAAGUCAAGGCAGACAUUACCCCAGUACCAGAACAUGUCCCAGGCAGGGACAACGCAGCCCAAAUCCCAUCCAAAGCCCAAGUUAAGGCUCCAGUCGUCCGAGCCAGUGUGGGACCCAUCAGUCCAGGCUGCCAUCAGAGUUGGAGACUGGAAGCUGCUAACAGGAGACCCAGGCCAUGGAGACUGGGUCCCCCCACAGGUACUUCCCACUCUCCCUGGUCCCUGGUGGAACCUCGAAGUCGUCUCGUCGCUCCACAAACCUACCAACCACAAAAAUGUCUGGUUGUUCAACAUCACGGCCGACCCGUGUGAGCGGCGGGACCUGGCGGACCAGAGACCAGAUGUGGUGCAACAGCUGAUGGCCCGACUCGCCUACUAUAACCAAACAGCCGUGCCGGUUUACUUUCCACCUGACGACCCUCGGGCAAAUCCCAGCCAGCACGGUGGAGCCUGGGUACCCUGGGUGGAGGAAGAGGAGGACGAGGAGGGAAAAUAUCACGGCGUGUACAAGAAAGGCCGGAACAAUAAGAAGAAAAAGAAGAAAAAGUGCCAGCUGCAGUCGUUCUUUCUGAAACUGAACAGCAGGAUGAUGUCCCAUCAGAUCUGAGGCGAUCGUCUCAGAGACUUCAACCUUUUGAAAUGUUACCAGGUGAGGUAAUGCCACUACAUUUAGUUGAAGUGAAACUCUUCAGAAAGCUUUCUAAAAUAUGUCCUUUCACUGGCUUCACUUUUCUACUUGUUCCUUGUCAUUUAUGUCAUGUAAUUUAUAAUAAUGUUAAAUGUGGACAUACUGGCCAUCAGUGGUAGAAUGUAACAAAGUACAUUUACUCAAUUACUGUACUUAAGAGCAAUUUUGAGGUACUUAUGCAACUUUGUACGUCUACUCCACUACAUCUCAGAGGGAAAUUGUUAUUUGAUAUUUUUAUUCAAUAGUUUCUUUGCAGAUUCAGACUAUCAAUACAAAAUAUUAUCAACUAAUAAAAAGAUGCAUUAUAGAUUACUGUAAGCUUCCCAGCACUAUAGCUACAUUAAAGUAAUAAUUAGAAUCCAGUAAGUUAAUAUAUAAAUUAUACCAAAUUACCAUCCAGGCCAGCAUGAGUACUUUUACUUUUGGUACAUUUUUCUAAUGCGUACUUUUACAUAAGUAAAAUUUUAAAUGCAGGACUUGUAACCUGUAACGAAGUAUAUCUACUAUGUGGUAUUGCUACUUUCCUUAAGUAAAGGAUCUAAGUACUUCUUCCACCGCUGAUGGUCAUACAAGAAGUAUAUGUGUGGUGCUGAGAGUCCAGCUGGAUUGGUAAGAAGACUCAGUUCAGGCUUUUCGUUGACUUUUAGAAGGUCAGUUGGCUGAAAUCAUAUAUCAUGUUUUGCCGAGAGUGUAGUUUCACUUUUAUUUGCAAGGUUUUGAGAACAGGAUUUUUGUUAUCUACCAAAGUAUGUCCAACAACUGUUGCUAACAGUUUCCAGUGUUGGCGGUGAGUAGCCCCGGGACCUUAGGAAAGAGGGAUUGUUGUUGAGAUAGGUGCCGGGAUAGCCAGUUGUCAUUCAUACCGCACCAAAAGAAUAUGAAACUCUUUGCAUGAUGGCAGGAUACUACUUAAGAGUAAGCAGGAAAAUGUUUUUUUUAUGAUUUGGGUGAACUGAUCCAUUAAAUUCCUUUAAAUAAAACUUCUCUGGCGGUACGGUGGUUUUCCAGACCCCUGUUCUUUACUGUUAUGACAGCUGUUACAGUUUUCAGCAUUAUGUGAUUGUAGAAAUUGUGCGUCCACUGUUUCCUCAUUAAUGUCUAUUAUUCCUUUUUUUAUUUUUGUCACUCACAAUCUCACAGAGUUCUUGAUACGAGGACUGCCACUGUGCGGCAGUAAAACGUUUUUAGACACUGUAAACAAUUAUGAUUAUAUUUUUUACUUUGACCAGACUUUUCAACAAUCUGUGACACAGGUUUAGUGUAUGUUUACACCAACAGUUCGUACUUGUUUUUACAGUGAAAGUGCAUGAGAAUGAUACUUAUUUCUAUAAUUCUGUUAAUGUUUUUUGCUUGUCCAUCAUGUGUAAGAAAAUACGACACAUUUUUAGUACAUUUCAGUGAAUACAGAUAUGUUUCUAAUGUUUUUUUUUUUUUUUUUUAAGUUUCUUUAUGUAUUACUAUAGGUGGAACAGGCCUUUGGAUACUGUGGCUGUUUGAAUGUAUUGCCAAUGGCAAGCAUAUUUUGACUAUGAAUUUACAGUAUGUGUUUUUAUUUCACUACAUGCUACUGUGAAAAGCAGAAACUGUCAUAUGAACUUGAUUUUUCACAACUUAUUCAGCCCUAGGCAGGACCCCACAUAUGUCUUGAAAACAUUUUCAAGACAUAAAGUGACAAAAUCCUUCCUUUUAUAACAAGUUUUGUUUUAAAUUCCACCAGAUGUAGGGGAAAAGCUCAGUUAUUUAAACCAACUAAGGUUUUUAUUUGUUUCAAGGUGUAAACACAUGAAAUGGACCAAUACCAGAAAGCACUGAAGUAAGUUGAAAGGGAAAUGUUUUAGGAAAACACCUCCUGACACCUGUGUAAUGACUCUGUGUAUGAAAACAUACACAGAUCGAACCAGCUAAACAUAAGCAGCUGCAUUUCCCUCCUGCUAUCACACAUUAUACAUAUGCAUUUUACAUUUGUAUCUUCAGUAAAAGCUCACUUAAUUCAGAAAAGGAAGGAAGGAAGUAAAAAGUGUUGCAGCAAAUGUUUUGCCAGCAUUAGUAACCCCUUUGAAGUAAGAUGUUGGUUUUCUCCCUUUUGAGCAGGACACCUAACCUCUAAAUAUUUCAGUGUAUUUGCUCAAUAUCCAACAAACCACGACUGUGGCGGCUCUGUUACAGCACCCAGUUACUAAAGUGCACGGCAGUUUGAGUGUGUAGCAGAGUGCUCCUGUUUCAAUGGACGCUUGAUUUCUCCACCCUGAGUAAAUAAAGGUUAAAUAAAAUGAA